UGCGUCAUCCAUCGAAGCACAACUUCCAUAAAAUCAUUCCCAUAAUCGAUAACGUUGGAACCGGCGAAAUACAAACAAAGCGUCUAAAAACAAGACACUUUGUUUAUAUGUGUAUACCACGCGUGCAACCGAAAAAAUACGUUAGAUCAUAGUUCAGUGGGACGGUACCGUUCUCUGGAAUUCUCGUUGCAUUGCCGUGUGUGAUUAUCUAAAGCUAAUAUUAAUAUAAAACUAGACACGUUAUCUCUCUGCUCACCUUAUGAGCAGCAGCAAGAGGAUUCAUCCCGCGCUGGAUUUCGCCUGGAAACUGCAGUUUUUGUUUUAAAGCGAUUUGUGACAGAUAUUGUGCAUAGAGUACCGUUACAACUAUGGCGGCAUCAGGAGAAAAUAUUAAACUUCCCGAUUUGAUUACCAAAUGGAUGGAGGUGCAGCAAUCACGAGCCGGAUUGGACGAUGGAAAUCCACUGAAAGUUGAUGUAAUCGAUCUGACGCUGCUGCUAAAAUCGAUGGGCUUCAAGCUGGAAUAUUUAGACUUUGAGAAAGAGAAAUUAAACUGUGACACGCUAACGGUCGACAUCAAAUGCAACAAGUCAGGCGUAAAGGCGAGGAUGAGCUAUGAUUUAGUGGAUUGCUCCUGUCCCGAGAAGGAUGAGAAGGAAACUUCAUUUUGGGAGGUUCAAGCAACUGGUCCAAAAGAGUUCUCGAAGUUCAAGAACAACACCUCCUCCAAUCUACUGCCAGAAGUUUCAGAGAAUUGCUCACUGGUUUCGAAGGCAAUGCUGUCGAAUCUGCUUGACUACUACCGGAGUAGCAUUAAGUCUAUUGAGCGUGGGGAAGAUGUGUUACGUUCUCCGCUAAAGGUUGCCAUGCCCAAAGUCUGCAUCACCAGUCCCGAUAUGAUAAGUGUUCCUAGUUCUUUCUCUACACCGCCUGCCGAAGGAAAAUGUGUACCACGUAAGGAUACGAUGCAUACCCCAGAAAAUACUGUUUCAAUUGAUCCAGCAUUAAGCCCGAUGAAGCCAAAAUCAUUGGCAGGUUCGUCCGAAAAUUCUCCGAAAGCAUCAACAGUAUCAAAUGACACCAAGUCUAACAAUUCAACGGGAAGUAUAGAAAUUGGCAACACUACACGUGAGUUAUCCAAAAGCUCAGAUGGAAGUCCUCGCGAAAAACCGAUGAUCACUAGCGAACCUAUACAGGAUAAUGUUCAAUUGAAUGUAAUGCCAGACGAUAAUUCAUUCGUUAAUAGUGAUGCCAUGAAAGCCAUCAUUACAUCCAGCCCGAACGAAAAAGUUUUCGAAGGGGACGCCUUAACCGAUCAAAACAAUGAACGCGAUGUGAGUGUAAUCCAAUGUCUUGAACAGGCACGACAGAAAAUCGAUGCCGCACUGCUUGUUAUGAAAUUGAACAGCCCUUAUCAAAGACCUUUAUCACGAGCAUCAGUCCUCACGACGACCCCACAGACAGUAAUCAGGAAAAAGAUUCUCACACCGAAUCUUCCCGAGCGAUCUAAUUCAUUCGGUAGCGUAUCUCGUAGGAUGUCUUUGCCAGGGCGAGCCGAUACACCAAAGAUAAACGGUGGACCACCAUCCUUCCCGAAGAAAAAGACUCCCGGAACAUCCCAACUGGCUUCGUCCAGACCACUGGGAUCACGUGGUGACACGCCACGUCCCAGCGCAGCACAAAUUAAAUCUGUCACCAUGCUGCGAAAAACAAGCUCAUCGUCAUCCGUUGCCUCAACCGGCAACACUAAAAGCGGAUCAAUAUCAACAUUGAAGAAAUCAGUCACAGUGACUAAACCUGUGGGAAGCGUUCGUCCGACAAGUAUCAUUGGAAAACCAGCAACAAUGACCAAAUCUUCCAGUACGACAUCGAUCGAUAAAAAAUAAUGUGUAGUUUAGAUGUUUUUUGUUAACCAUUUUUGUUAUUAAUCGUUUUCAAGUGUUUAAAAAUUAUA